UCUGAACAGCCAGUAAACACAGUGUCUCUCUAAUCCAGGACUGUGUCUGGCGACAGAGACAGGUGUGAUGGGGAUGGGAUGAGAGGAGGAGAAGGAGAGGAGAGGAGAACAGGCUGAUUGGAUGGAAAACAAAGGUAACCACACUUGGUUUGUUCCAGCUUUGAUAGAAACCUCUGCGCUGCUGACAGAGACAUGGAGGAACUGUUGAGCGACGUGUCACUUCCCCUCUGAGGAGAACCGAUGGAGGGGGGAUCUAAUCCGACAUGAGCAUCAUGGCUGCGCGCAGACGACCAGGAGGAGAUUUAGCGUGGCAGCGACGCGGAGCGGGACGCCCUCGGGUCGUGGUGAUGGGAGUGAUGUGAGAUCCCUCUAGUCGUCGUGCGUUUGACACAGACUCCAUCCCAGCCAGCGUUUCCUCUCUUCUACCUGCUCGAUGCUGACAGACGAUCCGCGCGCUCUCGGGCUGUAGUUAGGGCGAAGCCGCAUCACUCCUCCCGCUGGCUGCUGUCGCGGCUCCGCAGCACCACGGACAGCGACCAUGACGCGCCUCCGCAGGAAGGCUCUCGUCGCGCUCUUCCUCUUCACGCUCUUCAUCUUCGGCACCAUGAUGGGGCUGCGGACGCUCAAACCCAGCGACGGCUUCUCGGACAUGGCCCCCGGCAUGGACCUCAUCGUGGAGCGGUCCGACAGGCGGCGGCUCGACGUGAAAGACGUGGCUGCGUCGCCGGGCCAGUUCCACAUGGGCAGCAGCGACACGAAGGUGGUCUUCAGCAGGUCCGACCGAGACUACAGCAUCUUCUACGAUGUGCACAUAUUCUACUAUCUGUGGUACGGCUCCCCCGGCAUGGACAACAAGUACAUCCACUGGGAUCAUGUGCUGGUGCCACACUGGGACCCUAAGAUCGCGGCCAGUCACGCUCAGGGAAGGCACACGCCACCGGAGGACAUCGCCUCGAGUUUCUACCCUGAACUGGGACCCUACAGCUCCAGGGACCCGACGGUGCUGGAGUCACACAUGGCCCAGAUAGAAGCGGCUGCAGCAGGGGUGUUGGUGUUGUCCUGGUAUCCUCCUGGGGUGGCAGACGACCACGGGGAGCCCACGGAGGACCUGGUUCCCGCUGUCAUGGACGCCGCCCACAGGCACAGCAUCAAGGUGGCCUUUCACAUACAGCCAUACAAAGGGCGGACGGACCAGAGCAUGCAUGACAACAUCAAGUACAUCACUGACAAGUAUGGAAAACAUGGCGCCUUCUACAGAUUCAGGUCCAGCACAGGUCGAGUCCUGCCUCUGUUUUAUGUCUAUGACUCCUACCUGAUGCCGCCUGAGUCCUGGGCAGAGCUCCUGACAGCUAAGGGCUCCCACAGCAUCAGGGGCACAGCUUACGAUGGCAUUUUCGUGGCCCUCAUCGUCGAGGAGCGCCACAAACAUGACAUCCUGGCCAGUGGCUUCGAUGGCAUCUACACCUACUUUGCCUCCAACGGUUUCUCCUAUGGUUCGUCCCACCAGAACUGGAAAGCCAUCAAGGACUUCUGCGACGCAAACAAUCUGCUGUUCAUCCCCAGCGUCGGUCCAGGGUACGUAGACACUGCCGUUCGGCCAUGGAACAACCAUAACACCAGGAACCGGGUGAACGGACGAUACUACGAGACAUCCCUGCAAGCAGCUCUGUCUGUCAGACCGGAAAUUGUCACCAUUACAUCCUUUAAUCAAUGGCAUGAAGGGACACAGAUAGAGAAGGCUGUGCCCAAGAAAACAGUGACCCGUUUGUACCUAGACUACCAACCCAACCAGUCGGACCACUACUUGGAGCUUACACGUCAGUGGGCAGAGAACUUUAACAAAGAGAAAGACAAAUGGUUGAUGUGAACGUGGUUUUAUUUCCCUGGUAGAUGUGCUGAGGGUGAUCAUAAAUGACUUGAGCUCUCACUGUAGAAAAACAACUUUGCAUUGGUUCACCUUCCUGUUUUUCUCCACAUCAGAACACCACUGAUGAGCUUUCCCCCAAAUGUUCACUCUGCCCACACUGUUUUUAAUCACUAACAUUUUUGUAAAGGUAAAUAAAGUCACUGGUUUGUUGAAUGGACAAGGUCACAGUGAAAGAAAAGCAUCCUUUUAAGGAUAGUAAAUCAGUUUGUGUUGCGACAUCAAGAAAGUGUGGCUAUGUACAGUAACUCUGCUCUUUUGGGUUUUGGGUUUUAUUUUCUAAUGAAAGGAGAUUUUUCUUGUCCUAUACGAAUGUUCUUUCCUGUAUUUCCUUGAGGACAAAUUAAAAUGUGUCUGUUUACCAAUGGA